AUGUGCCGGAGAGUGCUGGCUCCCCUGCGUCUGCAGGGCUUCGUUUCGAGCAGUUUUCCAGAGACUGUCAGCAUCAAUAAGGCUAUUAAUGCACAGGAAGUGGCUGUCAAGGAGAAACAUGCCAGAACAUGCAUCCUGGGCACGCAUCACGAGAAGGGGGCACAGACCUUCUGGUCAGUGGUGAACCGGCUGCCGCUGUCAGGCAAUGCUGUGCUCUGCUGGAAGUUCUGCCACGUCUUCCACAAACUCCUCCGGGACGGCCACUCAAACGUCCUGAAGGACUCCGUGAGAUACAAGAAUGAGCUGAGCGACAUGAGCAGGAUGUGGGGCCACCUCAGCGAGGGCUACGGACAGCUCUGCAGCAUCUACCUCAAACUGCUGAGAACCAAGAUGGAGUUUCACACCAAGAAUCCCCGCUUCCCUGGCAAUCUCCAGAUGUCCGACCGGCAGCUUGAUGAAGCAGGGGAGAACGACGUCAAUAAUUUUUUUCAGCUGACAGUGGAGAUGUUUGACUACCUGGAGUGUGAGCUGAACCUCUUCCAGACAGUGUUCAGUUCCCUGGACAUGUCACGCUCAGUGUCAGUGACGGCCGCGGGGCAGUGCCGCCUGGCCCCGCUCAUCCAGGUGAUCCUGGACUGCAGCCACCUCUACGACUACACUGUCAAGUUGCUCUUCAAGCUCCACUCCUGUCUGCCAGCAGACACGCUGCAGGGCCACCGGGAUCGCUUCCUGGAGCAGUUCAGAAAGCUGAAGGACCUCUUCUACCGCUCCAGCAACCUGCAGUACUUCAAGCGGCUGAUUCAGAUCCCGCAGCUGCCAGAGAACCCUCCCAAUUUCCUGCGCGCCUCUGCGCUGUCGGAGCACAUCAGCCCCGUGGUGGUCAUCCCUGCUGAGGCUUCCUCGCCCGACAGUGAGCCCAUCACCGACCUGGUAGAGAUGGACACGGCCUCACAGAGCCUGUUUGACAAUAAGUUUGAUGACAUCUUCGGCAGCUCUUUCAGCAGCGACCCCUUCAACUUCAACAGCCAGAAUGGGAUGAACAAGGACGAGAAGGACCGGUUAAUCGAGCAGCUUUACAGGGAGAUCUCAGCCCUGAAGGAGGAGCUGGAGAACUUCAAAGCCGAGAGUGCCCGGGGCAUGGUGCAGCUGCGCGGUCGCAGCAGCGAGCUGGAGGCCGAGCUGGCUGAGCAGCGGCACCUGAAGCAGCAAGCGCAGGACGAGAGCGAGUUCCUGCGUGCGGAGCUGGAGGAGCUGAAGAAGCAGCGGGAGGACACCGAGAAGGCACAGAGGAGCCUGACGGAGAUCGAAAGGCGGGCGCAGGCCAACGAGCAGCGCUACAGCAAGCUGAAGGAGAAGUACAGCGAGCUGGUGCAGAACCACGCUGACCUACUGCGGAAGAACGCGGAGGUGACCAAGCAGGUGACGGCAGCCAGGCAGGCCCAGGGGGACGUGGAGCGGGAGAAGAAGGAGCUGGAGGACUCCUUCCAGCGGGUGAGCGAGCAGGCUCAGAGGAAGUCCCAGGAGCAGGCAGAGGUGCUAGACACGCUGAAGCGGGAGCUGGCAGCCAGCAGACAGGAGCUGCAGGUCCUCCAGGGCACCCUGGAGUCCAGCACACAGGUGGGAGUGGAGCAGAGCACCCGGAUCACUGGCCUGGAGCAGGAGAGGGACAGGCUGAGCCAGGCAGCAGAGCGGCACGGGGAGGAGAUGGCUGCCCUGCAUGCUGAGCUGCAGCACCUGCGGGACACGCUCAGCCACGAGCGGGAGAGCAGCAAGGUGGAGCUGGAGACAUUGCAGACCCAGCUGAGAGACAAGGAGAGCAGGGAGCAGGCGCUGCAGCAGCGCCUGGCCGAGGAGCAGUUUGCCCUGCUGCAGGGCACCGCGCGAGAGGCAGAGAGGAUGGUGCGGGAUGCCCUCAGUCGCCUGGAGGAUCCCGCUCACAUCGGCUGCACUGGCUCGGCAGAUUACCUCCUGUCCAGGAUGCUGGCAGCCUCCGAGUGCGUGGAGCGGCUGCGGGAUGCUCAUGGCAAAUACCUUUCAAAUCGCGCAGCCGUGGGCUCCCUGCUGCCCUGCCUGGCCCUCUUCGCCCACCUCGUCAGCGACACCCUCCUGCAGGGCAGCGCUACCUCCCACGUGGCCCCCAUGGAGCCCGCUGACCGUCUGCUGGAGAUGUGCAGGCAGUGCGGCAGCGAGGCUGUGAGCUACCUCAGCGCCCUGCAGGACCCAGGGUCGGUGGAAGGUGCUGACUGCAGCCUGGUGAUGACCUGCCUGAGCCGCAUCAGCACCAUCGGGGAGGAGCUGCGGCCCAGAGGGCUGGACGUCAAGCAGGAGGAGCUGGGUGACCUGGUGGACAAGGAGAUGGCGGCAACAGCAGCAGCCAUUGAAACAGCGGCCGCCCGCAUUGAGGAGAUGUUGAGCAAGGCACGGGCUGGUGACACUGGGGUCAAACUGGAAGUGAACGAGAGGAUCCUGGGCUCCUGCACGGGCCUCAUGCAGGCCAUCCACAUCCUGGUCCUGGCCUCCAAAGACCUUCAGAAGGAGAUCGUGGAGAGUGGACGGGGUGCGGCAUCCCCCAAGGAGUUUUACGCCAAGAAUUCCCGCUGGACUGAGGGUCUUAUCUCUGCCUCCAAAGCUGUGGGCUGGGGUGCCACUGUCAUGGUCGACGCUGCCGACCUGGUGGUGCAAGGCAAAGGGACGUUUGAGGAGCUGAUGGUCUGUUCCCGGGAGAUCGCAGCCAGCACUGCCCAGCUGGUCGCAGCCUCCAAGGUGAAGGCAGACAAAGACAGCGCCAACCUUUGCAAACUCCAGCAAGCCUCCCGGGGUGUCAACCAGGCCACGGCCAGUGUGGUGGCCUCCACCAAGGCUGGGAAGUCGCAAGUGGAGGAGAAAGACAGCAUGGACUUCUCCAGCAUGACACUCACCCAGAUAAAGCGUCAAGAGAUGGACUCACAGGUGCGGGUGCUGGAGCUGGAAAACCAGCUGCAGAAGGAGCGGCAGAAGCUGGGGGAGCUGCGCAAGAAGCACUAUGAGCUGGCAGGAGUGGCAGAGGGCUGGGAGGAGGACGCUGCAGAUUAACUCCCAUGGUGGAAGCAGCCUACAGGGGACACCCCCGCGGUGGGCUGAGACAUUGCUUGAUGCAGCCUUUUGGGAAGAUCCACAACAAACUGGUGCAGAAGCCACCCUGAAGCACACGUCCUCCGCGUCCCCCCGCCAAGAGCUGCCUCCAGCGCCAGAGCACCAAGAGCUGCCUGGCGAGACCCCGGGGCUGGGAGCGAGGGCUCACCAGUCUGACGCCAGCCACAAACCGCACAUGUAUUUAUUAGCUGCUUGGGGUUGAGGGGUUCUCCGGGGGGGGUGGUGUCUUUAACCCUUUAGUUUUGUUUUUGCACAGAUUUUCAGAACUCUUGGAGCCAGCUCUGGCUGAGCAGUCAGGUUUCUUCUGCCUCUCGCUGCUUCUCCAGCCUUAACCCAGUCCCUGGCUCGGCACAAACAUCCCCCCGCUCCACAAAGGAGCCUGCCACGGUGCCAAGGGCCCCGGGGGUGCCGCCGGGUCGGGAGACAGCUUUUAGGGUGCUGCUGGGCUUGGUGCUAGGUGUGCUCCCCACUCCGGUGGGGGCAGAGUGCCUUUGGCCACUGCAGGGUGGGGGGAGCGUUCCUGUGGGACAACCUUGGGUUCUGAGGCCAGGGUGCUGGCAGCAGCAACACUGGGAGCAGAGGGUGGUGAGGAGGGAGUGGGGCAGGCAGUGGGACAGAUGCUGCUGUGAGCUUCUGCCCCCCAUCCUAAGUCCUCAAAAUGCCUGCUCCACAGCUGCCCCCCCCUCCCUCUAAGAGCUGGGCUGCCCUGCCCUAACAGAUCACUGUGUUCAUGCCAGCAAUAAACCCUCCGCAAGGUGCUGAGCACGGGUUUGGGCAACUGUGGUGCCACCGCGCAAGCCAUCAGCUCCUGGGGAUGGGGGUUGGUUCUAGGGCAGCAGCACAGAAGAGGGUUUAGGGGGAAGCCAGGGUGCCUCAAAAGCAGAGCACCCCAAAGCCAGAGCAAGCAGCUCCCUGGGCUGGUGUUACCCCUGUGUCCUCACCACCCUCCUUGGUGCGUGGGGGGAGCGGUGCCAGCAUUGCCAUGGGCAGGAACAGCUCUGGGGCUGGCAGUGGCCAGGGAACCUUUGUGCCUUGGAGCGGGGGGCUCGGAGGGCAGGGGGUGUCUGCCAGCUCCAGGCCCCCCAGCUCGUCUCACUGCGGCGGGGAUGGUGGCAUCAGACCGCGCGACGCUGUCUCCGUCCCUCACAGCCGCCCCCAUGGUCCUGCUGGUGCCCCUUGCAGGGCCAGGGUGUCUUUCCCGGCCUGGCAGCCUUGCUGCCUGCACCCUGCCUUCAGGCAGCUGCCUCUUCCUGGGGGGAGACAGCCAGACCAGCUCCCUCAGGGUGCUGGGUGUGCAGAAUUUGGUCUUUCUCCCUGUAAGAAGUGGUUGCAUUGCCCAGGGUGGUGGGCUGUCACCAUGUGCUUUCUCAGUGACAUCUGCCAGACCUUGGCUGGCACUGGGAGCAGUGGGACCCACCUGCAUCCCCCUGCCCGUCACCAUGGCCUCAGGGCUGCCCCCCGACUACGCGCAGGAGAGCGCAACUGUCCCCCGUGCAGGGACCCGGUGUCCCCGUGUCCCCCAACCAGCCCUGCUGCCAACACACCCAGCCUGCUGGGGACCUCCCAAGGCUCCCCAUGGGGGCUCCUGCAGCCUCCCCACGCCCCACCACGGCCAUACCCCGACCUGCGCCAGCUCCCCUCUGGGUGCAUUACCAACCAUCCCGUUCUUGCAGGAUGGGGAGGAGCCCCAAAACCCGCCCUGCUCUUUUUGGGGGGGGUGGGGGGGUCUUGCCUGCGUGGGGUACCCCCCAACUACCUCAGGCCUCCAGGCCUAGUUGGGGCUGGGGGGCUGCAAGGAGGUCACGGUGGUGGCAGGGGCUUGGGGGCAGUGGCACCACUCUUGGCCGAAACCACUUCUUUUUGUAUCUCGGCUGGGCACUGGCGGGGGGGAGUGUCCCCUGCGUGCUCCCUGGCUCUGGUGGCUGGUGUCGGGGACUGUGGGGGUGCCCUUCCACUGCAGGUUGGGUUGAUUUUUUUUUUUCAUUGUAUAAUAAUUACUACGUCGUGUGUUUUUGAUUUUUCAAUAAAGCCUUCAGCCCAGCC